ACGCCAGGCAUGCCCAGCCGAUGCUGGAGCGGCGCGCGUACAGGCACGCGGAGCGGUGAGCGGGCGGCCCAUGGCCGUGGGCGGCGAUGACCGAUUACAGCGAGGAGCAGCGCAACGAGCUGGAGGCCCUGGAGUCCAUCUACCCGGACUCCUUCACGGUAUUGUCAGAAAAGCCAACGACUUUCACAAUCACUGUGACAUCUGAAGCAGGAGAAAAUGACGAAACUGUCCAAACAACCCUUAAAUUUACCUAUAGAGAAAGGUAUCCUGAUGAAACUCCACUUUAUGAAAUAGUCUCACAGGAGAAUCUUGACGAUAAUGAUAUCAUGAACAUAAUAAAACUACUAGAACAACAGGCAGAAGAAAAUUUAGGAAUGGUAAUGAUCUUCACUCUAGUCUCAGCAGUGCAGGAGAAAUUAAAUGAAAUAGUGGAUCAAAUAAAAACACGGAGGGAAGAGGAGAAGAAGCAGAAAGAGAGAGAAGCAGAAGAAGAAGAGAAACAACGUUUUCAUGGCACUCCUGUUACUAUUGAGAAUUUCCUAAAUUGGAAAGCGAAGUUUGAUGCCGAACUCCUGGAAAUAAAAAGGAAAAAAAUGAAAGAAGAAGAACAAGCGGGCAAAACCAAAUUAAGCGGUAAACAACUGUUUGAAAUGGAUCACAACCUUGACACCUCUGACAUCCAGUUCUUGGAGGAAGCUGGAAACAGUGUGGAGGUUGAUGAAUCUCUAUUCCAAGAAAUGGAUGAUUUAGAGUUAGAGGAUGAAGAGGAUGACCCUGACUACAACCCUGUGAAUUUAGACAGUGAUUAAACUUCUUUGAACUGGUUUUGUCAUCAGUAUGGACAUAUGUAAGGAGAGAGGAGCAGGGAGGAAAGCCACAGCAUCUGUGGUUUUAGUAAUGUGUUCUAUUGGGUUUCUUUUUUUUUUUUCCAAAGAAAAGAACCAAAAUAUUUUAAAUCCAGGAGAAUGGUCUUCUGAUGACUUUCAGCAUAAAUAAAUUUAGUUUAAUUCAAAUGAAAAAAUUGAGGAAUAUUGGUCUAUCUGAAAAUGCUAUGCUAUUUUCUCUUGUCUUUUCUUUCCCACUUCUGUAAUUGUCCUUGGAAGAGAUGUGACAACAAGCAAGGCAGAAAGAUGUUAUAGCAAGCACUACACACACCUGCAUCUGAAGGCUGAGCAGCUGUUCUAUCUUCUACCUGGGAUAUACAUGGGCAGCUUUGGUGAAUAAAAGGGAUCACAUAC